UAAACAAGCAGAAGACGUUCUGACAUCCUCUUUCAAAAAAGGAGGAAGAAUAAAUGCAGCUGGUUGGUUUUAUACGACUGGAGCUUUUGAACAGAGUGGAUGGUUAUUUGAUCUGCUGCUGAUGGAGUGAAAUUCAAGAUUUACUAGAUUUAACUGAAGAAUUUUAAUUUAAGGUCUGAGAGAAGAUGAAGGACUAUCACAGUCUGUCUGAGAACAUGUUGACAGUCAACAUGUUACUGAGUGUCUUCUUUCUUUCAGGUGGCUUUGCUGAUCAUUGUCAAGGUCGUACACCUUCCUUUUUAAUUACAACACCAAAGUCCAUCGUAGCACUGAGUGGAUCUUGUUUGCAAGUCCCAUGUAGCUUCACAGUUAAAGAGGCAGAAAAUGAUUUUAACAGUGGAGAACAAACCUCUGCAGCUUGGAUUCCAAGUACUAAGAAUAUUUUUGACAUCAGUCAGGGAUUUAAUAACCAUCAAAUAAAUAUUACUGGAAACAUAAAACAGAAAAAUUGCACCACUGUGUUUUCUGAUAUAAAUACAAAACAAGAAACGGAAUAUUUCCUCAGAAUCGAGACGGAUAAAUACAGAGGAUCAGGUUGUUCUACUCCUCUAAAGAUUACAGUUCAAGAUUCUCCUGAGAAACCCAGAAUUGAAACCGAUCUGACAAAUCUGAAGGAGCAUCAGUCUGUCACUGUAAACUGCUCAGCUUUCACUCCCUGUCCACAAUCACCUCCUGAACUCACCUGGAAUCUCCAACAAGACUCUCUCAGACAAACAAAGAAAAACACAGAUGGAACCUUUACAACUAAAAUCCAGAAGAACAUCACUCUGUCAGACACACAUGAUGGAUACAACAUCAGCUGUUCUGCCAAAUAUCCUGUGAUUGGAGGAAUCAAGACAGCAGAGACAGAAGUGACUCUCAGUGUUUCAUAUGCUCCUAGAAACACUUUAGCAUCCAUCAGUCCAUCAGCUUUGGUGUCAGCAGGUACCUGGGUGGAGCUGAGCUGCUCCAGCAGAGCCAAACCUCCACCCAGCUUCACCUGGUUCAGGAAAAGCAAAGAUGGAGCCAUGAAUGUGUCUGUGGGGCCAGUUUACAGCUUCAAUGCCACUGAGGGAGAAGAGUAUUACUGUGUGGCCACAAAUGAUCUGGGUACAAACAGAUCAUCUGUGAUCCUAGUUACCAAUAAAGCAUUUCCAUUAUGGAUUGCACUUCUUGCAUCAAUCAUUGUCAUUUUGCUCAUCUGCCUGGUGAUCUGUGUUUGGUGUAAGGUCAAACAUCCAACUCCACGACAGACUCAGACUCAAACAGAGACGGAGGUUCAAAUGUCAGACAGAAAGCCAGAUGAAGAAAUCCACUAUGGUGAAGUGAGCUUCCUCCCGAGGAGACCUGAAGCCUCCGCCGUCUCAGUGCAGGACAGUGGACAGCAGGAGUUGGUGUACGCUUCGGUCAAAGGGUCUGCUGAUCGUUCAGAGGAUCUCUACGCUCAUGUGAAGAAAAACUAACUUAUGUUGUUGGAUCAAAACAUACAUAUGUACUGUUGAGGAAAAAUGAUUAUUUUUAGUGCUUAAUACAGUUAAUCUUACGGCAUGUGUAAAAGGCAUAUUGAACACUCUUAUUUUGAACAAAUUUCUUAAUUUUGAACAGGUUUGUGUUAAGGAUUUAAAAUUAAACCAGAUGGGCAAGCAUUCAGACCACAGGAGGCCGUAAAAUUAGCAUCUUCUCCAGGGCACUAUUACUUGAGACUGGGGGAGAUAACAGGAGAGACUUCGGAUUUCACAGGCAUCUGUGAAAUCUUAUCUCAUGUUUUUUGUAUGUCUGUAUAAGGUAGAGAAUGCAUAUCUCUGUUCCUCUGCAGCUUUGUUGUUGAUUCAUACGUUGCUUUGUAUGGGAUUAAACUCUGUGAUUCUGUGACGUCAACACGCAUUGUUGUUUUCCUUGUGGCUGCACGUCGCCCGAUGAGAGGACCCGGAAGUUUAAGGAAGAGAGAGCCAAACGUUUUGUCCAAAGUUAAUUUAUAAAUUAAUCUUCCUUAAUAGUACCUACUGUAUGUAUGCAUGUCUACAUUAAUAGAUAUUUUUAAAUAAAAUGUCUCAGUUUAAAAGACAAACAUCUUCAUGCUCCAUUUCACUUGUUUUUUUGUCCUUCAUAAAAUGAUUAUGCUCCUAUUUUAGGCCUUUUGUUGUUUCAUAACCUGGUAAGUUCUUUGCAUUUCUCACCAUGUUAGAUAAUAGUGGAAGAAGUUUUCAUGUUCCAUUCUUUAACACUGAAACUACAAGACUAAAAACCCUUUUAAUGAAACAAAGUAACAUUUAAACAAAGGGAUAACUCUUGUUUUACAACAAUGUCUCUCUAAAAAUUGAGCUCUUUCUCUCAGUGAAUUUUUAAAUAAUAUUCAGUUUUUCUAAAGCCAGAUGAAGAAAUCCACAAAACUGCUUGUUAUGUGAUGUAUGAUGAUUUUUUUCAAGUCUGUAAUCUUUUUACAGUCUGCUUCAGCUUCUAUUUAAUCCUGACCACAGAAAUUAAAUGUGUGAGCAGGUUUUGUUUUCAAGUAAUGACUGCUUAUAUUUUCUUGAUAUUUUGA